AUGCCCAUUCCUCUGAUUGCGCAGGCCGUCUCCGAGGGCCUCUCGUCCAUCCCCUAUGCGUACCCGUUCCUCAAGACGGUCGCAUGUCUGGCCGUCGUGGGCUUGCUGAAGUUCUACUUCGGCGGUGCCCGCAACCGGUCGGAACGACUGAUGCGCUCCAAAGUGGUCAUGGUUACGGGCGGAACAUCAGGCGUCGGUGCUGCGCUCGUAUAUGAACUGGCCUUACGCGGCGCCCAGAUCAUUCUCCUCACACAGCACGCUCCCUCCGACCCCUUUCUCGUCGACUACAUCCAGGACCUGCGAAAAGCGACAAAAAACCAGCUUAUAUAUGCGGAACAGGUCGAUCUGACCUCGCUCCACUCGGUGCGGAAGUUUGCGACCAAAUGGGUCGAUAAUUCGAUGCCCCGGCGGCUGGACAUGGUCAUUCUGUGCGCCAACACGCUGACGCCGGCGUGGAGCCCGAGACGGAAGACAGAGGACGGCCUGGAUGAGGAAUGGCAGGUCAACUACCUGGCCAAUUUCCACCUUCUGAGUAUCCUCAGCCCGGCGCUGAGGGCGCAGCCGCCGGACCGCGACCAACAGCAACAACAGCAACAACAACAACAACAACAACAACAACAACAACAACAACAACAACAACAACAACAACAACAACAACAACAACAACAACAACAACAACAACAACAACAACAACAACAACAACAACAACAACAAG